AUGUCUUCUUUCAAUUACGGGUUCGACGUGCAGGCUAUGGCUGCAGCCCAAGCAAUGAACUCUUUCGACGCUCAGUUUGGGAUUUAUGCAAAGAAAACGCAUAAAUGGAAGCUCCAACCAUACUUCCUGUCUCUUCUGAAUAGUUGCCAUGCUCCGGCACAGAUUGCGGGAGUCUAUGUUGGUAGUGUCAUCAGUAACCGAUAUGGUCGACGGAUGUGUGUGUUUGUCAUGAGCAUUUACGCAUUGUUUAGCUCAGCCAUUAUCUUCUCAUCCCACACGAAGGCUCAGAUCUUGGCUGGGAGAACCAUCCACUAUUGCUACCUUGGAAUGGAGCUAGCUGUAGUGCCUACUACGCUCGCAGAACUGUCACCCCCACGCUUUAGAAGUUCUAUGGUUGGCCUGUACUGGUUGAGCAUCAAGCUAGGUGGCUUGAUUAUUAGUGUCAUUGCGAACCGAACAUCUCAAGUGAACACAAACUGGGCCUGGCGCAUUCCAUUUUCCCUUUUCUUCAUUGUUCCAACAAUCGUGGCGAGCUUGAUCUGGUUCCUCCCAGAGUCCCCAAGGUGGCUCGUACUACGCGAUCGACAUGAUGAGGCUGCCAAGUCGCUCCGACGCUUACGAAAACCAGAAACAUCCGACGCUCAGCUGAUGGCCGAACUGGACGAACUCGAGACAGCAGUUGCACAACAGCCUCAUAAGGGUAAGUUCAUGGAGGUUUUCCGGGGCACGCAUUUGCGGCGAACCAUGAUUGCUUGUAUGGUGAACUUCUUCCAGCAAGCUAGCGGUCAGUCAUUCUCCUCUCAGUACGGCACUCUGUUCGUGAAAGGUCUUGGAGGCGUUGACCCAUUUACAAUAAACAUGGUCAACAAUGCCAUGAAUGUUAUAGGGAUAGUGAUAUGCUUGCUUCUUAGUGACAGAUUUGGACGAAGACCUAUGAUUCACAUCAGCGGAGUAUUGCAAGUUGGAGCAUUGUUGACCAUGGGAGCUCUCGGUGUCCAUGCACAUCCCAGGCUUUCAGAACGACGAGGCAUAGUCGCCAUGCUCCUUGUCUUCUCAUUCGGUUAUUCUGUCGGGUGGGCGCCGCUGACAUACCUCAUUGCAGCGGAAGUGCCCUCGCCACAGUUGCGCGAGCAUACGUUGCGUCUAGCAUACACUAUCAAACUGGUCACAGAGUGGACUGUAAGCUUUACCUACCCGUAUUUAGAGGACGACCAAUAUGCUGGAUUGGGGAGUAAGCUCGGCUUUAUAUACGGCUCAUUUGCUGCUCUGGCCGUGAUUUGUGGCUACUUCUUUGUCCCAGAAACACGAGACCUCGCAUUGGAAGAGAUUGACUGGCAGUUUAGCAAUGAUGUACCGACACGAAAGAUCCGAAGUAUCAAUUAG